UCGAUGAGUUAUUCACAGAAUGUGCUGUCUUUUGCAGAGUUGAAUCAACGUUUGCAUAAGGAUGAAGAAUGGCUUAAAGAUUUUCAAGAAGCCCUAAACAAAUCAAAUCAGAUACAACAAUCAGUUUGCACACUUCUUGUUAGUUUUCAGGACCGUAUCGACUCGCUUUCUGCAAAUGUGGCAACACUUUAUACAAAAUCAAGUGUUAUACAGAGAGAACAACAAAAUAUUCGCAAGCUUCUUUCUACGGUGGAUGCUACCAUUCAGUUUCAUGGAAAAACGACUGCCUUAGAAAAUACUAUCAGGGAUGGUAAUGUGAUGCUUGCUCUUGACGACUAUUUGGAGAAAAUGCGAACACUUAAAGAAGCAAUUGCUUUCUUUUCUACUCAUCUUACAUACAAAAACAAGUUGGAACAUGUGAAAUUGAUUUACGAAAUUGGCUAUUCUAACAUCGAGGCAGAAUUUUCUAAUUUGGUUAGAUACAGUUGUGUGCCUGUGGAUGCAAAAAAGCUAUUUGAAUGUCUCGAUGAUGAUUAUGGCAAGUAUUAUUCGUUUAAUCUUUAA